CGGGGUGGGGGCUCCAUGGGUUUCGUCAGCUCGAGACUUAAAGGCUCCGGAAUACCAAUCUCCAAAUCUUAUUCAGUCACUACUGUAACGCCAAUAGAAGUCCUCUCUGAACACCUCGCCACCAUCACUACCACCAUAAUGUCGAAGAUUGGUAUUAAUGGAUUCGGCCGCAUCGGUCGCCUUGUUCUGCGUGCCGCUCUUCAAAAUGGCGCAGAGGUGGUGGCAGUGAAUGACCCCUUCAUUGCUCUAGACUACAUGGUGUACAUGUUCAAGUACGACUCUACCCAUGGCAUGUUCAAGGGGGAGGUGAAGAUAGAGGAUGGAGCUCUGGUGGUCGAUGGGCACAAGAUUGCAGUCUUCAAUGAGAUGAAACCAGAAAACAUUCCAUGGAGCAAGGCUGGUGCAGAAUACAUUGUCGAGUCCACUGGAGUGUUUACCACUAUUGAGAAGGCCUCGGCUCACUUCACUGGUGGUGCAAAGAAGGUAGUUAUCUCUGCCCCCUCUGCUGAUGCUCCAAUGUUUGUUUGUGGAGUCAACCUGGAAAAAUAUUCAAAGGAUAUGACUGUGGUAUCCAAUGCUUCCUGCACAACCAACUGCCUUGCUCCUGUUGCUAAAGUUCUGCACGAGAACUUUGAAAUUGUUGAGGGCUUGAUGACCACAGUACAUGCUGUUACUGCUACCCAGAAGACUGUAGAUGGUCCCUCUGCCAAGGAUUGGCGUGGUGGCCGUGGUGCUGCCCAAAACAUCAUCCCAUCAUCCACUGGUGCUGCUAAGGCUGUUGGCAAGGUCAUUCCAGAACUCAAUGGAAAAUUGACAGGCAUGGCCUUCCGUGUACCCACUCCAGACGUCUCUGUUGUAGAUCUGACAGUCCGGCUUGGUAAGGAAUGUUCUUAUGAUGACAUUAAGGCAGCGAUGAAGGCUGCUUCAGAGGGACCCCUCAAGGGUGUCCUGGGUUACACCGAGGAUGACGUUGUAUCCACUGACUUCACUGGUGAUGUACGAUCCUCUAUCUUUGAUGCAAAAGCUGGUAUCCAGCUGAGCAAGACCUUCGUAAAGGUAGUCUCUUGGUAUGAUAACGAGUUUGGCUAUUCUACCCGUGUAAUAGAUCUCCUCAAGCACAUGCAGAAGGUGGAUGGUGCCUAAUAUGUCUGGAUUGGUUCCAGCUGAAAGUACGUGAAGGGCACUGGUGGAUGAAUGAAAGAUGGGUAAAAAAAAAAAUUUGGGGUUGAUGAUAAUUAGUAGCCAGGCUGUUAUAUGCUUAACCCACUAUUAUUUUUGCAAGACUGGCAUUGUUCUGUAAUUUAGACUUUGUGUUAAAUUUCUUUACCAAAUCUGCCUAGACUGAUCCUAGACUUUAAUGUAGAGAACAUAAUGUGAUCAAAAGUUUAGUAAAACUGGUUGGAUUCGAUGGAUUUCAUCACCUCCAACAAGCGUUCCCAUUAAAGUUUAGUCUAUGGCCUGUAUUGUCUCGUAUGUUAAUGGAAUAUUAUGUAGGCUGUGACCAACUAAUAUUGGCCAAUAAAAGACUUUAAUUUCA